ACCUUUGGGUAGUCAACAGUGACCUUGACAUCAGGAAGGUGCAUCCUGGUAAAGAUCCCGCCAUAAAGAAGAAAUAUAUCAAUAAACCAUCAUGUGCUAAUGCAAUAUUUUAUUGUUGCUAAUGAGGUUCCAAAUCCCCUUGUUCAAGGAAGUAUCUGUCAAAGCAACAACGUUUCAGAUACAUCAGGAUAAGAAAUCAAGAUAAGCUCUACGGUAUAUCUUUAAGAGCCAUAAAGAGCAAUUCAUCUUAACGUCACUGCUUUAACAACACAUCCGUAAGUACAGAUAAGCUUUCUUGAUGUCUCUGCACAACUAGAAUUUACUUUAUUAUUUAUACAUCUCCCCUUUUUCUGUCACUGGUAAGCGAGUGUGUUGCGCAACAAGGCAGCGCAGAAGGCGACAUUUGUAGAUGAAGCAAACGGUGACGAGACAGUGGAGGAUGGAUUAGAACUGGGUCAGGGGAGAAUGUAGUAUGUGUAAAUAAGCUUGAAGCUGCUUGCGAUUGAAUAGUUAUUUCUGAUGCUUGAAAAGCUUCUAAAAUAUUUUGACUGUACGGAAGCUAAAGUUGGCCAAAAUUAAAAGAAAACUGAUGAAAGAAAGCAAAAAAUAAAAGAUCAAAAGAGUCUGAAUUGAACCUCUUUAGAUCUUCGUCUGUCCACUUCUUCUUAAACCUUUACCCCCAAUCAGUGUCUAGCUCUUAUCUUCUGUCCAGAUAGUGUUAACUGAUACCUCAAGGUAGACGUCUCUUAGCUGGACCUUUAUACUUUUCUCACCUUAUGUAACGUCACUAAUAAUACGUCCCUGGACACCUGCCAAAGGUGUCUGUACCUUUACCUGGCCUGAGCUGCACUGUCAGCUCCACUGAUGGUACAGCCUGCCUGCUCUGCUUCUUCUUGCUCUGCCGCUGCUGCUGCUGCCAGGACACAAACACAGACAGGCUGCUCACACUCGCACACUCACACACACAGAGACAGAAGGAGAACAGGCUGCCUGGCAGAUAAGACGGACGUAGGGAAAAACGCACUCCAGCCAUGAACAAGAGGUGCGGGCUGAUAGCUGGAGCUGUGUUUGGGGCGGUGGUUGCUUUCCUGGGAGGCAUACUUAUCCCUCUGGGGAACCUCGUCAUUGAAGGGACAGUGGAGAAGGUAUGGUGUUCAGUUUCACCCCCUUUUGGCAAUGAUAGCGAGUGACACAGAGCGUUUGAAUGUGAGUGUGAGUGAGAGUGAGUGCGCUGAGAUCAAGGUGAUUCGGGAGAAAUGAGAGAGAAGAGGCAUGCGUUUUGGGAAGCUGGUAAACAAGCUGUGCAGGAAAAUAUCCAAGUGUGCCGUCUUUUCAUCUUUUGAAAAGAAUCUGUUCUUUUGAUUUUCUGUAGGCACUUUAAAAAAAUGUUAACAAUUUUUAGACCUUCCUGAUAACAGAGCACACUCCCUUUUUCAUGUAUCAGCGGGGCAGCUGGCCUGCUGGCAGUCUUCUUGAGGAAUGAUAAAAAUAGAUUUUCUGUGUGUCUACUGGGUUUAGGAAGCUGUCAUUGAGAAUGGGACCACAGCGUUUGAAAACUGGGUGGCCACGGGGGGAGUGGUGUACAGGCAGUUUUGGUUCUUUGAUGUCAAAAACCCUACUGAGGUUAUAGAGCAAGGAGCAAAACCAAUAGUGGUGGAAAAAGGACCAUACACGUACAGGUAAGAUAGAUUUCUCUGCCUCUUUUCUAUCGUUUUGGGGACAGCAUGUUUAUCCCUGAACACCCACAUUUCAGUGUGUCAUCACUUCAAUUUCAUGCCACAUCUCUCCUCUGAUGAAAUUCCAAGUCUAAAUGAGAUCUCUUCUCCCUUUCAGGACAAGAUAUCUCCCCAAAGAAAAUAUCACAUUCUACCCAAAUUAUACUGCCUCCUUUUCGCUGCCUCUGGGCGCCAUUUUUGAACCAUCCAUGUCGGUGGGACCAGAGGAAGACAAAGUCACCUCCCUUAACAUCGCUGUGGCGGUAAGUGAGUAUGACCCUGCCGUGCAGUAAUUCCUGAUGUUAAAAGUUAAUAUGCCGCAGUUCAUUGGCCAAAAUGGGCCGAUGCCAGAUCAAGCUGUGUUGCACUGAGUAAGGUUGCAGUGGUCUGAAUUACUUGCGUUGGGGUGGUUUCCAACCUUUUUGGCCUGUGACCCUCCUCUGUGGCAGAGAGCUGGUUGCUCAACCUUUGAUUUCAGGGACUUAAAAAAUUGUAUUGGAAAAGCAAUUAUUGUGAAAUUAAUUGGAAAAUUUAUAUAAUAUGAUUUAUAUAGUCCCUCUGCUCUACCUUGUAAGGCUGCGCAAUAAAUCAUAUUUCAAUUUUAAUUAUGAGUUUGGCUUCCCAUGACCAGGAAAACAAAAUAAUCAAGAUUAUUUCACUGUGCCACCUGCUGUGUUGUAUGUGUUUUGUGACUAGGAAAACAAAAAAGUCGAGCUUAAACAAUUACUGUGCCACCUGCUGUGUUGUAUGGGUUUUGUUUAAUAUGGUGAAUGGAGACCCUGAACAGGGUCACCUCAGCUUGUAUUGACAGUGAGGAGGAUAGGAAGCCACCUCCACGGCUAGACUGGCAAUCUGGUAAACUGAGUAUUGUCCCAGCGGGACAGCAUACCAGUGCCAAUAUCCAAUAAGACAUAUUUAUCCUUCAGAAAAAUUCAACAAGCCCAUAGAGGCCACUCAUGCAGUUUUAUAUUAAUGUGAGCCUAGCCUAGCUUAGUCAUAAUCAUGCCUAUAAAAGGACCAGCUUUAGCUCUACCCUUCUGUCCACCCCUCUUUGCAGAGCAUAAAAAUUACGAAAACAUCAUCACUGGGGCAUCAGAUCAGUGUGUAACAAGCUUAAGUAUUGCUGAGAAAAUGUGUUAAACCAGAACUGCUGUAUCUUUAAUAAGUCAUGCUACAGCAGUACAACAAUCAUUCAGCAACAUGUGGAGAGAAAAAAAAGCUGUGUUGUAGGGGUUGUCACCAAUAGUCAGUGCUGCAGAAAAUUGUAAACUAGUUGAAUCGUCAGUACAACUGCGAAGGGGGCUGACAUGCCUGUAGGCAGUCUUCUUGCAGGCUUUGGUCCCACUUCUGCUUUGACCAGAGCUGUGGUUUUCUUUAAGUGUUGGGACUCUUUCAACCCUUCAGGUCUUGUCUAAUGGCUUCAGGGAUGGUCUUGAGGACAGGUCUGUUUGUGCCUCCAGUAAUACCAAAACUAACCAAGUGCCAUUGGACAGUAGGACCGAAUAUGCUCCAGCGUUGCUCACUUUGAAACACAGUGGAUGGUGAUUCUUCCAAGACCCAUGUGUGCAGAUUUGGUGGAUGGUAGGACAUCGCACAAACUAAGCAAGCUCUAUCUUGCUUUAUCUCCACUGCCAUGCAGGUUCUUGUCUACUCCUUUACCACACUCACUCUCUCCUUGAUUAGACAAUACUCUUAUUAAUAAUGGUUGUUUGGGGAAUAGGGAGCUCAGUUUGACCUCUGGUAACCCCAACAGCCCUCUGCAUCACAACCUUGGCAAUGCUUGCCUAACAGCUCCCACCUUCCAUACUUCUUACCAGUCCUCACUUGGAUCCCCACAUUUGUUACCUUCAGAUCCAUUUAAUUCCUGUGCUGUAUCACUUCUUGUUCAAUGCUGCUAGGGCUCCUAAGCAGCUCUGGCCAUUUCCUGAGAUGGUCGACUGACUUCUCUGAUGGUUGAGAUGGCUGUGCCUGCGAUAUCAAACUGGGACUUGUCUUCUACCUUCCCUUUCUUCAUCUCAAUUUUUGCCGAUUUGAAUUGCAUUCUCGGCCCACCCCACCAGCUUCUUGAGCACCCACAGAAUCCUGGAACUAAUUCUGAAGCGACAGACGAUGAACGCCCUGAUUGGUGGUUGCUGUUGAGUAGGUUUAGUUUUGGAUCUUCUGCACUUUGGUUUGGCAGACUUGGUGAGCAUAUACCUUAAGUGUCCUUUACCAGGAACAUGCUGCUUAUUGAAUAGAAGACCUUUGUCUCAACACACAGCAGAUAGAUGAUGCCAGUUAGUGUAGCGGAGUGGACUUUUUCUUCUUUGGGACUGGCACACCUUCAGCCACUUUUGACUAUUUUUGGAACUUCCCUUCUCUUGUGAUCGGACCCUUUGUCGUCCUACUGUUGUCUCAACAGUUUGUACCAUUGUUUUGUUACUGCUUCCACAGCAUGAUUGGGAAACUGACUGAAUUACAGUCAAGUUCUCCACCAUUCUUGGAGUCCAUGGCUGAAAAGUUUCACAGCAAGUUAAAAGUUAACUCUCAAUUAACAGUUCAUUUUUCCAAUAGAAAUGGCCUGUAUGGCUGUAUGCAGGAUAAACAGUCUGUUCAUCCUGCAUACAGCUAGCAGGUUGUUCAUUAUGUGCAGGUGUUGUUUAAACAGGUAUCAUAAAGAGGAGAAAAGCAGUUUUACUGGGUUUAUUGUACUGACUUAUUUAAUUAUGUGCAAAUUAAAUUACAUUAAAUUAUUAAAUUUGUGUGCACAACAAACAGCUGUAAAGCCGAGGGAUAGUUAAUAGGGAAAAGGUGGUGCUGUCAUCACAAACCUCACCAGAUGCCCUGGAAGAAAGAACAUCUUAUGGACCUGAAUGCAUAUUUCCUUUCACACACUCUUCAUUUCCUUGCCUCUCUCCAUGCAUCUCUGGUGGGAGGAACUAAGACAAAACAAAAAGCUUGAGUUGGGAUGCAUUUAUGCAAAUAACGGGACAUUAGAUGCACCUUUACUCUCUUCACUGUAUAAGGCACGAAAAAUAAUUUACAGCAGAGACCUCAACCUUGUUAACUUUAUAGCUGGAAUCACACCUAACAGGACCACUCCUUGAACACUAAACUAUUAACACUGUAAGUGUAUGAGGGGGUUAUUUUUGUGGUGACACUUUCUAAAUUUUUGCUGCAUUAGAAAGCUGGACUGCUCACCCUGACAACCCGACUUUAUUCAGUUCCUUUUGUGCCUAAGAGCCUGUUUUCCAGUUUCUCCACCGGUCAGCUUUAACGCAGGUGUCUCUGGGAGACUGAGCUCUCGUUUAGUGGUUCACUCAUGCACUCUAAAAGACUUCCUCCUCACCCAGUUCAAUAAAAGUACACUUUAUGUACUUAUUUAUUUAUUAAUUUUUACUAUUUCUUGUCCUUCAUGGUACUCACUUGGCCUAGGUGGGACCCAACUGCACAGGGAAAAAACAAGCAAAAGCACUUAGCACUUUUCUGGCAGUUUGUGGAUGAGGACCGCUAGGUCAGCUAGUGCCCAGGUCCCAAGUCGGACUGCACAACUUGUUGUGGAUGAACUCUGACAACUGAUGUCUGCUGAGUCCAACACUGAAAACUUAACCUGGCUAUGCAACCCUAUGACUGUCUUUGCAUCAUAACAGUUGCCUCCUCUUGGCAGGACUUAGUUUCAACACCAAUCACUUCUGUUUCCCCGCUUCUGACAUACUGGUCCUUUAUUUAUCGAUUUUGGUCAAUGUCCAGUAGCCAAACUUCUUUCUUACAAUGACAGAUCCUUCAUCUCUGAUGAUGAUCAGCUGUCUUACGAUUUUCUGUCAGAUUUCUAGUCCUCUGUGGUCUUUCAAGGGAGCAACCAGGAACAGCCAUGCGAUCUCAGCAGGUCACUCCAGCUUUAACUCGUCAACAUGUACACAAGCUUUCUAGAAACAGUCUUGUCACUGCAGAGUGUGUGUAGUUAUACUGAGCACAUCUACUGCCAAUCCAAAUUUUCUUGGGGUCACUUGAUAAUUGUAAUUACUUGGUAGGCCACCAUAUCAAUACUGAGACAUUAACAGAGUUUUCAAACCAAGAAACCCCUUUUUUUUUAAAUUGAGAAAUGUAAAAAUGAGUUUCUAGCAAAAUCUUAAAUCCGCCAAGUUAUUCAAAUAUAAAAUCAAACGUAUUUAUGUUUAAUUCAACUCUUUUAACUAAAAUCCUUUUCUUAAAUGUGUUUGCAACAAGCACGCCAUCAAGAUGCCCUGGGAGUUAGCUACAGUGGUUCAUGCUAAUGUCUGUAAUUUUUAAAUUUGGUUACCGAGUCUGGGUUUUCAAACAUUUGGGGUUCAGUCAAAAAUCUUUUGGCUGCUGAUGCUGCUUGUUUCAACACUUGUUUUGUCAGAGUUGGUGUUUUUUAAAUCUCUAGGCUACAGUAUUGUUGACAGCUGCAAAGUCAGCAAAGACCCACAGUCACAGUGGCCCCAGUUACACAGUGAGGAGAAGAACCAGUUUGAGAACUAGCUGUCGUUCUAAACCCCUGAAAUGAGCUAAAGUUAAGGUUUAAAUAAUGGGUGGUUCAGGUAUGAGAUGGGGAACGAGCAACCCUUUUUUAAAUGAAACCACAUAAAACAUGCAAGUUAUGAAAUGAAGGGAACGCAGUGGCUUCAGUAAGUUGCUUUAGAGCCAAAAUACCAUUGAUUUUUAGCUUUGUUAUCAAAGAAAUGCUCAAAAAUAUAUCAAAGCUAAUGGUUCAGCAUGCUCAGUUUACAUUUUAUACACCACAAAGGCAUCUAGAGGGAACUUUGUUUACAUUUAAUUUACUGGGAGGGAAGAUGCUGUCAAUAUUUAAUUCAUGUAUGACGAAAUAAUAACGUAAAUAAAUAGUGAUUUACCCAUUUUUAAAGCGCUCGUGAGUGUGGAAAACUGAGGGCAGACGGAAACGGCCGAGCACUACCGGGCUCAGUCGAUGUCUGACCGGCAUGUCAGAGCGCAGCAGAAAGCGCUUCCUGUGUGAACAGCCAAGAGGGUGGAUAUGUUUCUGUAAGUCUAAGAAUCUCCACCUUAGAUUAAAUUUUAAAAUCCCCUACUAUUUUUGAAAAUUGAAAGUUAGCUAACAGCAAAGACAUCAAACAUAGCCCACCUAUCUCCAUUGAAUUGAGGGUGUAUGACCUGCGUUUGACACCAAUAUGCUGCUGGAAGUUAUAGACAACUGAGAAGAUGUCAUGUCCUAAAGCAGUCGCUGUUUAUGGCUACAAUUAAUGUAUAUGAUCAAACCUCAUAAUACUCAAAAGGUGAGUCUCGGCACGUUCAACAGUAAAGUCUGUGACUGUCGGUAAUUAUGCAAUAAACCUGCCAUAAAGGAGGCUUAUCUUUUUAAGCAACUUCAGCGGGUUUUUUUGCAAAGCAUGUGCACUAUUCCUGUAAUAUCUGACACUAACUGAGCUUUAAAUGUAAUCUAAAAGUUCAUGUUUUGGUUGAAUUUCUUUUCUAGGGAGCUUAUUCACUGGUUCCACAAGCAUUCCAUUCAGCGCUGGAGGCUAUGAUCAGGUUGAGCAAGUCAUCCUUGUUUCAGAAUCGCACAGUCAAAGAAAUGUUGUGGGGUUACACAGACCCCAUGUUGAAAAGUUUUUUGGGCCUAUUUGCACCUGUGAGUAUAUAGAGAUAUCAUUUUACACACUUAAAAUAAUGAGACACAUAGAAAAGACCAACAUAUACUGACUGAAACCUCUUGGAUUAAAUAGUUCUCUCUUUUCAAAUAAAAUGUGUUUUUCUCAGUACAAUGGCACCUAUGACGGCCCGUACAAUGUCUUCACUGGAAAGGAUGACAUCUCCAAAGUGGGAAUAAUCGAUAGAUGGGACGAUAAAGAGUGAGUCAGAUGACAGAAAAUAAACAAGAAAGUAAUUUUUCAUUAAUUUAAGCAAGUUUUAACAAGCUAUAAUCCCUUUUUCUUAAACAGAAAUUUAACUUUCUGGGAUGACGUGUAUUGCAACAUGAUCAACGGGACAGGUAUGUCUCACUCCAAAUUUUAUCAUUUAUUUUUUUCCAAAAAAUGCUUCAUGACCUCUUUGUAAGUUCUUUUUUUUCCAAACCUGGUUUCCUUUGUCUUUUUUUUCCCACAGAUGCUUCAUCAUUCCCUCCCUUUGUAGACAAAAAGAAACCUCUCUAUUUCUUCUCUUCAGACAUUUGCAGGUAACAAAGACUUUGAUUUUGUAGGAUCGUUUGAAGACAUAGUCAUAGUUGAAAAGGGAAGCUUUUUGCACCUUACUCUGGGUAGCCACUAGAGGUCACAGCUUUCCAAAGCUCAUGAGGGUCAGUUGGAAGCAAAAACUGUAAGAGAGUCUCUGUGCUGUUUGGCCUUUAGGUCUGUGUCAGCUGGCUUUGAAGAGAGCAAGGACCUGAAGGGGAUUGAGGUGUACCGCUUCACCCUGCAGCCAAACACCCUGGCCGCCCCUUCAGUCAACCCAGACAACAAAUGUUUCUGCAAAGAUCCAAAGACCACCAAGAAUUGCACCAUAGCGGGAGUUCUGGACAUCAGCACCUGUCAAGAAGGUCAGUUUGCAUCUCUUUGCUUAACAGGUUCUUUCAUUGCAGCAUGGUCAAUGCAUGUUAAAUCCCCAUUGGUUUCUCAUCAUCCAAACAGGAAGACCUAUCUUCAUCUCUCUGCCCCACUUUUUGCAUGGCAGUGCAGACCUGUCAGAGGCCAUAGAGGGUGUCAAUCCCAACCCGGAGCAUCAUGUCACCUACCUGGAUGUAGAACCUGUAAGAGCUUCUGAGAUUUAAUCUAUUUGAGAUCUUAUUUUAAGUAACUGUAGCUAAAACUAACUAUUCAAUUUUUGCACCAGACGACAGGGUUCACCUUGAGGUUUGCAAAGAGAAUUCAAGUGAAUAUGAUGUAUGGACCAUCAAACGUCAUCACGUGAGUUGAACUCAACUUUCUUUUAGGUUAAAGCAGGAAGGUGUUCACACUAUAUUGGUUGGUCAUAUUUUGGAAUCAUAAAAGCAAAGUGGUCUUGAGAUUCAACAACAAAUCACAAAACACAAUGAAAAAUCACAAAAACAAAUAAUAAAACGGAGAGACAAAUCAGAAAAUGCAACAACAUUACCAUAACUUCUGACUGUGGAGUAGGUUUCUACACUGGCUAGGAUUGUCGCUGAUUGGCGAAACACUCUGAUCUGUUUCUUUAAAUUGAAAUGGUAUGUACCAUACCAGUUUGGCACCAAAAAGACAAAGACAAUUGGAUAAAGUAUCAAGUAUAUUACAGAGUAAUGCAUACAUCCCAUCAGCAACGAUUCAUGAUGUCUGCAGGUACUUACAGUUACUGUCAGUUAAUGCCAUUGAGUUUUUUGAUUAGUUAUUGUGUUUUCUUGUUUGUUGUAUUUUGUGCUUUUUUCCAUUGAUAGUAUUAUCCUCAAGACACGAACCUUGUACAACAACAUCAAAUAUAAUCCAGUCAGCAGAUAAGUCACAUUUUGUCUGGGGGAACCAAAAGGGUUAGCAGCUAGAGGGCAUGUGGUUCACAUUAAAUUCCUGGAAAAAAACAGAGGGCACUUUGUUUACGUUUGAUAUAUUUGAAAGACCCCCAAGGGCACUUUGUUGUUUACAUUUUAUACUUUCUAAGCUCAACCCAGGGGCACUUUGUUGUUUACAUUUUAUACUUUCUAAGCUCAACCCAGGGGCACUUUAUUUACAUUCAAUUCACAGGAAAGGCAAAAAGAGGGCACUUUGUUAACAUUUAAUACAUUGAAAGAGCAAUUAGGGUGCACUUUGUUUAUUCAUGGAAUAAGCAGAGGGCACUUUGUUUACAUUGUGUACACAAGAAGGUUACCAACUAUAGCAUUUUCCCCUUGUUGAAGUUUGCCAGUGCCUGUUGUCUGUAGUUGUGUUUUUGGUUUGUUGUCGUGUUUUCUUAUUUGUUGUGUUUUCUUAUUGGUCAGAUGAUUAAGUACGUGCCACUCAUCAAUGCAUUGUGCUUGCUGUAUUGGCGGUCAUUAACAUAGUAACAGGUUUACGUUUUUUCCUUGUACUUUUUUGAAAAGAUUUAUAACUGGACUUUUCCGGUCAAUGUGGUUCGUAGUUAGACAUUUAAAUUAAAGACAAGUCGCAAGAUUAAAAUUCUUGCAGAGUAUGUUACCCAUUUUGGUGAUCUCUUAAACUAAGAUAUUUCAGAGGGUUUUAGCUGCAGAUUUUGACAUUGACUCACACACAGUAUUUGUUUUAUUGAGAUAAUGCCCACCUAUAGCUCACCUACGCUUCUUAAGUUGGGAAAAAGAUACCCUUGCUUUGAGAAAUUGACAUCUCCUCCAUGGUUUACCAGAUAUUUACUAUUCAGACUGCAAUUUAAAAGUCCAUCUCCUCUUGAUAUUGACAGAAAGUAGCCAUCUCCAAAUAUUUACUGCUGUUAUGAGCAGAGGACCCAAGGAACCUCAGUAUUUACCAAACAGACACCAGGGCGCUAACUUGUCUUUGAGAUCUCAGCAAGAAAAUAAACAAGCACAUUUCCAAAAAUAUCUCUCCCUCCUUGCAUUUUGUGUAGAUCUCUUUGCUGUCACUGUCAAAGACAAAGACAAAGAAGAAAGUUUGAGACAAAAUCAUGCUCUGAAUACUAAGUGUCAAACUCUUUUUCCACAGGGUGCUGAAGAAAGUCAAGGAUUACACCAUAUUCCCCGUUGUUUGGAUGAACGAGGUGAGAUAAAAAAAAAUAAAAAAAUCUGUGCCCCGCAGCCAUGAAGUGUUUAUCCCACUAGCUUGGCAUGCAUGCUAAUCAGUCGCUCCACGUUUCUAUUUGUGAACCUAGACGGCAGAGCUGGAUGACGCAACUGCGGACAUGUUCAAGACAGAGCUAAUCUCACGGAUCGAUUUGUUGGAGAUGAUACAGAAGGUGCUUUUGGGCGUUGGCGUGGGCAUCUUCGCUCUAUGUCUCAUCUCUUUCUGCGUGUUACAAAGAAAACACAACCAAGUCAAAAUAGUGUGAAUGAAUCAUGUUGACGUUUUUGUUGUGUGGAUGACAGAACAAAAGUGCAUUUAAGCUGCUACAGGAUAACAAACCUUUUGAUAUAGACUUGCACUUUUUUGUAAUUUCUGUGUUAUUUAUAAUGUUGAACCUUCUUUGGUACAAGGAGGUGAAUAACUGUGAUUUUUCGCCAAGCUCAUGAGCUGAACUGCUUCACUGAGUAUUACUUUAAUUGCAAACACUGUAACGUUGACUCAAUCAGGGAUUUCUUGAGGGGGGAAACAAAGACUCCUCUUACCUGUCAGGUUUGGAAAUCAACAGAGGAGUAAUGUGUUUGUUUGACAUCCUGUGAAAGAAAUGCACAAUCUAAUCUUACGCAAAUGUUCUUAUACUUUGCAAACUAGUGUCUUCAAAAUGAAUAAAAGCUGAAAAGGAGUUUUAUUUUACUUAGAUUGUUUCUUCCCUGCAACAGCCUAUGGGAACUUUCUCCCCAGGGCUAAAGUACAGCAGAGACUUUCCCGCUGCUGAACAAACCUCUGCAUUGUGAGCGCCAAAACAAAAUUAUGUAGUUUCCUCUCUUCCUUGAGUGGCCCAUAAAUCAAAAAGAGUAAUAUAAGUGGCCUGAGGGAUGAUUAUACCAUGGUUAUGAAUGGUACUUGGGUUUGUUUUGUAAGAAAGCAGUAUUUCAACCCAGCAGGAAGCCUCACUUCACUUUUAUGGGUUUACAGUGACCCUCUUUAGUCUCCUGGGUGUCUUUAAUCCUUGCGUUCACUCUGUUACCGACACUUCUCACAUAGAAAGUAGUUUUUAAUUUGUUCAAAAAUGGCACCGCUACUCCAAGGCAGAGUGAUUUGCAGCCUAGACGUACAACAGGUACUGUCCACAAAUCUCUGAAAUUUACUACACAAAAACUGAAAAACUGUACCACAGAAAUUUUCUUCCCGUAAUGGUCUUUCAAAGAGUUCAUUCAAGUUUAACCAGAAGAGAUCAUUUCUCAUUUGAUACAAGUGAAGCUACAGCCAUUAGCCUGUUAGCUUACCUAAGGCCAUAAGACAUUCUACACACAGUCCUUCAUUGAACCCAAUGUUCUCAUAAUGUUUCAUGAAACUAUGAAGGAUAAUUUUGUCACUUUAAGAGGGUGCAAAACAUAUUUUCUCUGUCUUCUAACCCUCGACUAAGCUUACUUUAGCUUAGCAUUAGCCACCUAGAUGCCUGGGGUGGAAUGUGCACAUAUUUAACCCCAGUAAGUCCAUUAGAUGAUAGCACUUUUACAUUAGUAGAGGUAAGACCAUUCUGAUAAUCCAUGCAGGUAAAACUAAAAAACAGUAGCUAUAUAGAUAAGCAAAAUGGCCGACCUGCUGAUUGUUUACGUGUCAGAGAACAGAGAGCUUUUUGAUAAAAAACACAAAUAUUACAAAGAUAACGACCUGAAGGACAACUUGUGGAGAGUCAUAGUGUCGUAUUUCUCAUAUGACGAUGGUUUGUGUGCUUUAACAGUUUGCUAAACGUCUUUGUUUUAACUUUCAUCUACGCUAAGUAACUUUAGCUCGUAAGCUAACCUGUUCAGAUACAACAUACCAUAUGUAUUUUCACUGUCUCAAACUCAAUCGCGUUGCUGUCACAGCACCAUUAGGUCUCGGUUGUUACCUUACGUUUAUAGAUUAGUUUAAUGUGCUUAUCUGGUACUGACCCCGACUCAGUACAUGCUAUCAUGACAGACAGACAUCUCAACACUAGUGUCUAAUCAGAACUGAAAAACAGUCAGUCUGGUGUUGUGUCAGUCUUCUCGCGUCCACCUGGGAUGCGUCUUUUUUCCCCCCUGAAAAGUCGCAAAAUCGCAUUGCGCUUGAUGUGUAUAGUCAGGCGCAUCAAAAUUCGCCUCUGAAUAUUUUGUAAUUUCGCGUUGUAUAUUUGCGUCAUUCCCAGUGUGUAAGGACCUUAAAUGUUGUGAUACAACAAACAAAAUAACUGCGUGAAGUAAUUUUGACCCUGCAUCUACUCAGGGUGAAGUUGUUCAGUGUUUCUGUCGUGUCUUUUGCUCGUAUUGCUCUGUAGAUAGUUCUGCACACUCAAGCCGUUCCUACAGGCUUGUUAUUACCAGCCAAAAUUAUUGAUUUAAUUGUAAUGAGGAAAACUGUCUGCCAGUGGAGUCAGUGAAAUUUUCUUGGCAAGUUUCAUAAGUGUAAUGAGAUAUCUUAACAAGUUCACUUGGAUAGAUUUGUGUUUUUUUGCUGUGGAGACAUCAAUCAGCUUGUUUUAUGCGGCUGAUAAAAAUUUGUAUGAUUUCAGUUAUUUUUUUUACUCUGUAACUGGUGCUAUGUAGAUGUAGCAAAGUUCAGUUGUUCUCAAAACUUAGUCAAGUAAAAGUAUCAAUUUCAAAACUUAUAAAAAAGAACAAAAAAGCUCAAAAAUUACUGUAACAUGUUUAAAUGUAAUUAUCUGCUAGCUGUAGCAUCAUCUUUUGGCUGAAUGGUACCCGGGUUUGUUUGCUGAGAAAGCUGUAUUUAACCUAGCAGGACUCCUCACUUCAGCUUAAUGGAUUUCAUUGACCCUGAUUCGCCUUCUCUGUGUUUUGAUAUGACUGGAAUGGAGGAUUUAAUUGAGAUUGAAACAGACAGAUAUUUCAUGCAGUGGUAUAAUUUGUGGCCCUUUGACAUCUCUGGUAUUUUCCUACUGUUCUUAGGAAUCCAAAAGACUAAGAGCAAAAGCUAUUAAGUUUAUUAAACCCACAAAUUGUCCAUCAUUUCUUGCUUUGAUUAUCUUUCAGAGGGGGUCAGUUCUCUUUUUUGGCCACUUUCUGUAUAAAUAAAAGUUAAGCCAAAACCACUGGGCAGUUAGCUUACAAACCCAAAACAUAAUCUUUGAUUAAACUAAAACCUGCAAUUUUCAUAACUUUUGUCUUUACACAAACACAAAUGCUACUCCCAACCUAAGUUAUUUGGUUAUCAGCGCUUAAUCAAACCAAUCAGAUCAAUCCUUUUAAUGGUUGUGUUUAAACAAAGUUGCUUUUGUUUCUGUUGGCUGACGGUGACAGAUUGUAUAUGUUAGACUUCCAAUUUUUAAACAUUUCUGACUUCUUCUAUUGUGGCACCCAACAACGCAACAGGAUGACAUUUUAAGACUCCAAUAUCUUCUUCUAACCUGUUGGCAAUUUGUGUUUUUCUCCAAUUUUGCUUCAUUUAGUGUCCUGCUAAUUCUUAGAUAUCAAUCAGUACGUUUAUAUGUUGUUCAAAAAUAUCGAUAUAUUUCCGUAGCUCAACUGAAACUAGUCUUUUAAAAAACACAUAAACACAUUAGUCCAACUCUAAUCUGAUUGGAUGUAGUAAUGCAAACCCACCAAGUGAUUACUAUUAGAAGAUUGAGAAAAUUAUGAGACGAUGAAUGACAUGAUCUUUCUAUAAAAUGAUAUCUAUCUGGACAGAUUUAUUUGGGCUAUCAUGACAUUAAUAAAUACAAAUACACAAGUUUCAUAACACUGAAAUUACUCUGAGAUGAAGCCGCCGGUCACACCGUUUUGUGGAGCAGAAUUAUCCAAACCAGGAUGGGAGCAUCAUAAAAGUCCCUUUUUCUGAAAAUGAAAAUAAUACCGUUUAUCUCUACAAAUUGCAGAUACAGUCAUGGUUGGUGAAUUAUGUUGAAUCUAUAUACACAAUGAGAACACAUUUUCACAAACCUUGGCACGAUGUUAAAUUAAACAGAUGAAACACAAAAAUACUCUGUACACAACAAAUAAUCUCUAUCUACAUGAACUACACAUCUGAAAAAAAGUAUUCACAUAUGUCAAAUGGUCUAUUUUACACACUAUCCUAUUGGUAAUCGCUACUUAUUCUCUUUGCUGAAAGAUGUGUGGAAAAUGUUGAUCCAAAGAUGGAUACUGUUUUAUUUCAGCUUGUCUUUUCCCAAACUCUUAGGUUUUAAACUGAAUAAAAAUGUGCAUCUGCUAGUCUUAUUACUCAAACCUAAUCUUGAGAAGAAUUAGGAGACUUCGAUUGCUGAUGCUUUUCUAUAAACAUGCUUUUGUACUACAAACAAAAGAAAUAUGAUACAAUAUACAGCUGAAUUACAGUGAGGCACAUUCUCUUACAUGUAUGUCUGAAGUAAUGGGGAUAGAUACAGUAGGGUUAAAAUAUUAGCAACUGCAGAGACAAUCCUAAAUAUUCUGUUUAUAAUUAUUAUUAUUGUUAUUUCUGGUUUUGUGGAUGUAACAUCAGGGUUUAAUGCUGAGUUUGGCCUUUGAGCUUCCACAUUUUAGCUUGUAACAUCACACUUUUUAUGUGGACUGCUUGCCAUCUGCGCUCUCAGUGAACAAGGGUGUCGUGGGCAGUUGGUGCAGCUGUCAGCCGAGAAAGAAAAACUUUACUUUUUCUCUCUAAUUGACUUUUUACGACCUUUAUUUUUUCAUUUCACUGAGCUGAGACAAUUUUGUUACUUCAAGUUGAGAUGGAAGUGUGAGUGGAAUCUAAUAAAGUGUAAUACUUGAAAGGGUACUCACAGUCA